CAUUGAAAUCUCUCUCUCUUCUGAGUAAUAACUGUAUACACAGUUAGUUCUCCUUUUUAUAUUGUGGUUUCCACUGAAACAGUAUAGUUUUGUGUACCUUGUAGUUCCGUGAAAGGCAGCUUCCUUUUUCUCUCAAACUUUCAGUACAGUCAUUAAUCAAAGAGAACUGGUCUGGACGAGAAAAGCCACAGCGGGAUGUCACAGUGCAGGCAGGCAUGAGGCAAGAGGUUGAUUUCAUGUGUACUAUGAUUUCAUUUACUGUGUACUAUGGCAACUAAAAUAUGAAUUACAGUAACACAUACUUAAACACGUUUCAAUAAGAUGAGAUGCAACAAAAUCGAAACGUCAGGGCGUUGAGGCAAGAAUGGAACCUCAGAGAGAUGAGAUCAGCUCAGGGCCAAUGAUAUCUCAAUGUGGAACAGAUUCAGUCACAGUCAUUUUUCUCCCACUGGGUGCUACUGCCACUGUAUUAUACCCCCGUGAUCACAGACCCCACUAACCAACCCUGAAUCCUAGUCUAAUUUUUGUUGUGGCUGCAUAUAAGAAGUUGAAGUUUCUCAGCCAACAUGACCCCAUUGGCCCCAUGUGAGUAUUAUAAGUGACUUAUAAGAAACGUAACAGUUUCUCUUGUAAAAAAAGAUAUGUCUGAUAUUAACAACAUGGUUGUCUUUCUGAUACAAUGUAUCACAUUCCCUAAAUAUCUUUAUGGCUUGAAAAUGAUGCAAUUUAUGCACUGAAUUAAAUUGUAAUACCACAUUAUGAUGAGAAAUGUCCCACAGACCAGUCAUCCCAUAGGAGCUGAUAAACAGAGGAGCACAGAAGAAAUGCACAAUCAUUUCACAGCAGAAUUGUAUGAUGUAUGUACAGUAUGUCAAUAAUGAAUGGCUAUGGUUUUAAUAUAUCAACUUAUCUGUCUGUCAUAGCAAACAUGUUUUAGUCUGGAGGCCUCACUCUGUUGCCAUGGUUUACCAACAGUGAGAAGGUGUGUUUGCGAGAUGGUACUGUAAUUUCAUCCACGUGUACAUCUCUCCUUUAGGAGGCGCGUGUGUGGGGAAACACUGUCUCCAUGUGCAUGCCUUAAAGAUGGCAGCACUUAUCUCUGUCCUCAAUCAACGCUAAUCCCAGAUUAAAGGAGAAUGCCACUGGACUGGGAUUAUGCUGUGGGCACUUCCAUUUUAUCAUUGAUUCUCUACCAGUCUCUUCCUGUCAAAUUUGUAUACAUCCUCUGCUGUGCGAUUUUGUUCUUUUCUAUUAAUUUGUGUUUACUCAUCACUAUAAUCUCUGUUUGUUUCGUUUCGAUUUUUCUCUGUGUAAUAUGUAUCCAUCCAUUCCCGUGUGAUCAUAUUCAUGAAUAUUACCAGCUGUUAACAAACCCCUUGUGGUGACAUUAGCAUACAUUCUGGUUGAUAAAAGCCAACAUUUAACUGGCCUGACAGUCAUGGUUGGCCUACAUUAGUCAAUGUAGACCUUGAAAGGAAAUCAUUGUUUUAAAUGACUGGAAUAUAUGCACAGCCUGGUUUAAACUGUAGACAUUAUAAAGCCAAUGCCUAAUACUAGAAAAGCAGCUAUGAGACCACCAUUUUAGUCCAACCUUAAAAUCAAUACAACCAAUACAGCAAAAUGAAGAAUACAUGCUCAUUUUUGUUCCUAUCAUGGAUAUAUUCUAUGAAUGAUGACGAUUGUAGAAGACCAACUUUACUAUUACUAGUGCUAUUCCUGUAAUAAUUAUCAUGCUUAUUAUGUCACCUUUGAUUCCUCUUCCUCACCUCAUGUUGUCACACAGAUGCUCAACUAAUCUAGUGGCAUUAAACACAUUUGAUGGUUGUCAUUUGGCAAUCCAUCUCCAUAGCUCCAGAUUAGCUGGAUGUUGACUGUUGAUGCUUUGCAGAUGUUAAGAGGAGGAUUUAGGAGGAUGAAGUGAUAUGAUAAAGCGAUUUGGGGGUAGCAGAGUGCAUGACUGUGAGGUUUAGAUGAAUGACUGGCAUAUGGCAGACACUGGCAUUCAACUGUAUGCAAGGGUAGGUUUACAGAGGUACAGUGCCAAAGGGAUAGUAUUGUUGUGCUGACAGGGAAGCAAUAACUGAAAAUAGUGGCAUUGACAGGUAGUAUAAACCUCUUUUAUGGUCAAUGGUUUAAAUAAAUCCAUGGUAACUAUCCAAAAAGCACAUAUGCUUUUCUAAAAAUCUGAAUAAGCAAGUGGAACAGAUAUGUUGAAAUCUUUUCCUGCUGACAUCACAAUCCCAAUGCAAUUCUAAGGAAAACCCUGGAUCCACACUCUGAAUGUGGGCUACAUGCUUUUUAUUUUUUAUCUGGGGAGAAUCAUGAUUAGAAACUGUUGGUUGUGUUAUCCCCACCCCGCCCUCCCCUGGCUCCAGUUUGUAGGUUACUGAAAGAUUUCAGCAACCACACAUAAGAAGAUUAGAGAGGAAUUAACGUCAUUCCUUUGUCAUUAUAGGAAUAAAUUGAUAUUUGGUUUUAAUCAGAGGGAGGGGAGAGAGGACAGUAGGGAGAACAGGAUGUGCCCUGAGUAGUAUAGAAACACGAGCCAUAGGGACUGGCACUAGGGCACGGGCAGGCAAAAACACAAGCUGGAGGGACAUUUUGUGGCACUGGAGCUGACCAUUGGAAGCCUGGAUCAACGUGCAGCAUGUAACAGAGGACGAGAGGGUUGUAUAACACAGAUCUCUCAGAGCUCUGCAUGUGCGUGGUGAGGUAGAAUGAGUGCUGCUGGGAUAUGGAUGGGCCACCGGACAGGGACAGUCGUGGUGUCCCACUGACCUCCUGGAAGAUCUCUGAGAGAUAGACUCAGACGCAUUGGGAAGACCUCCUGGUUGCUCCCGCUCUUCCAGCCCCAGACAUGAACCUGGUGCUCCUGGCCUUCAGGCUGAUAUGUCUGGCCUGGCUGUGGCCUGUCACACUUCUCGACGGCAGCCACCGACCCAACAAGAGGAGGCACAAGGAUGUGUACCUUGGGGAGAAUACCAAGAACCAACAUGGAGGACGAAUAGACUUUAAGAUGAAAAAGUCUGACAGCACCAAGUCCCUGCUAAUUAAAUCUGAACAGCUGCUCCGUAUCGAGGACCAUGACUUUGCAAUGCGGCCUGGCUUUGGAGGGGCAGCUAUUCCUGUGGGCAUAGACGUGCAGGUGGAGAGCAUUGACAGUAUAUCUGAAGUCAACAUGGACUUCACCAUGACUCUGUACCUGAGACACUACUGGCAGGACGACCGGCUGGCCUUCCCUUCCAGCAGCAACAGGAGCCGGACAUUUGACGCUCGGCUGGUGAAGAAGAUCUGGGUGCCGGACGUGUUCUUUGUCCACUCCAAACGUUCCUUCAUCCAUGACACAACCAUGGAGAACAUCAUGCUGAGGGUGUACCCUGAUGGCAACAUCCUCUACAGUGUCAGGAUCACUGUGACUGCUCUUUGCGCCAUGGACUUCAGUAGUUUUCCGUUGGACACACAGAAUUGCUCUCUGGAACUGGAGAGCUACGCAUACAAUGAGAACGACCUCAUGCUCUACUGGAAGAACGGGAACGAUUCAUUAAGGACUGACGAGAUCGUGCUCUCGCAGUUUUUUAUUGAAGAAUUUCACCCUUCCUUCGGGCUUGCCUUCUACAGCAGCACGGGUUGGUAUAACAGGCUCUACAUAAACUUCAUCCUCAGGCGGCACAUCUUCUUCUUCAUGCUGCAGACCUAUUUCCCCACCAUGCUGAUGGUGAUGCUCUCCUGGGUGUCCUUCUGGAUUGACAGGAGGGCUGUGCCCGCCCGGGUCUCUCUGGGCAUCACCACAGUUCUGACCAUGUCCACCAUCAUCACAGGCGUGUCAGCCUCCAUGCCCCAGGUGUCUUAUGUGAAAGCGGUAGACAUCUACCUGUGGGCCAGCUUCCUGUUCGUCUUCCUGUCCGUCAUAGAGUACGCCACCGUCAACUACUUCACCACUGUGGAGGAGAUGAAGAAGCUCAAGGGGGGAAAGAUCCCUGCCAAUUUCAAUGCCACUCAAACUAUGGCCUUUGAUGGAUGUUACCAUGACAAUGACAUUGACCUGACGCCCUUCCCAGAGCUGCCCAGUACCCCCAACACAGAGCGGAGUCGGACGGCCACGUUGAGGAACUCGAGGAACUCUGCUGCAGAGCCCCCGCCCACAGAGGGCACCAGGCUACGACGCAAAAAAUCCAUCAAACACAACCUCAGCUUCAUCAUGAGCAACAGCUACAUGAUCGACUCCUACUCCAGAGUCGUCUUCCCCAUCACCUACCUGCUGUUCAACAUCAUCUACUGGAGUUUGUACUCAAGUAGGUGAAUACACUGUCAAGUCUCCUAACAGUUCAUCAUGCAGUGGAGUAUUGGAGCGUGUACACCUAAAGCAGGAUUGUCUAAUGACUUCUGAACUAUAUUACCACUGUAUAUUAUCUAUUAGGUUAUUCACACUGACAACAGCAUCAUCAUCAAGCCGAUGUAUUCUGCCGCCCACUGGAUUAUGACCUUAACCAUUGGUGUCUACCAGAGUGCAUUGUGGGAGUUUUGGACGGUCAAGCCCUACUGAAGAAGAGAUACUAUUGUGUAAACCUGCUUUUUAUUAGAAACCUGUUAGAAUCCGGGUUCAGGUGUGAAGUAGCUGGUGCUGUUCAUAGGACUGCUUCUGCUGUAAUGCACAGUUGUUGUUUUUCUCCACUGGUUUAUACAUUUAGUUACUGUGAGUAGUAUGAAUUUAAAUGUGUAUGAAAAUGAACGUGCACGUAAGUCUUUUAUAUCAGUGAAUAUCAGAAAAAUACAAUAUCAGAUUAGCUUAAAAUAAAUUUCAUUUUAUUUAUA